UGCUUUUGGUAAAACUUGAAGUUGGUUUGGUACAUUUUGAGUUCAAAAUAGCAUGAAAAUUUAUUAUUUGUAUCAAAAAUAUCGGAAAAAUUAUGCAAAUUGGGUGAAAAAGUGCGCUUAGAGGUUGAAAAAGUGCGGAUAAAGUGUGUGAGGAAGGAAUUACAGUGCCAUCAAGCAUGGUGAGUGCGUGUAAAUGGGGGAAAAAUGUGUAAAUUCUGUAGAAUUUUUGGGCAGAGCACAGAGUGGCAGAGAAGAGUGUUUGAAAAGUGUGGUACUUUAGGAUUUAUUUUUAUCAAUAGCGCAAGGUUUUUCGAGGAAGAUAAUGGAACAACCCAGUGAGAAUUGUGAUUCACCGGAUGCUGGGGCUCAGGCCAGUAGUGGGAAACAGCAGCAGCAGCAGCGAUCGGAACGUCUUAAGCAGAUUACGGAGUUGUUGAAGGAGUCCACACCACUUAUCAAUACAACACCAAUUCCGCCGCCCAGGAAGAUCAAAAGUAAAUCCCUGGGCACACGAAAGAGUAGUGAAAUCUCUGAGGAUUCCUUCAAAUCCGAGUCUGAAGUGAGUGAGGAUGUUGCUUCACCACCAUCUGAGCCUCCUCCCUCGAGCUGUGGCAGCGAGGAGAGUUCUCAGAAUGUCUCAGAAGUUACAAUUCAGCCCGAAGAAACCACCAUCUUCAAAACAACCACUCACUUGAAUAUCUCAGAACCUGAAGAAUCUCUCCCACAAGUCCGGGAGUACAAUGAGACACUGCCCGUCUGUGUGAUUGAGUGUAUCUCCCAGGGGGAUCAGCAAAAAUCCCCUCAGCCCGAAGUCACCGAAGAGAAAGCCAUAAAUGUGCCAGAAAAGCCCAAAGUGCCUGAUUUUUUGCCUUCCGAUGCCCAGGAAGUGCGCAAGAGACAUGCAGAUUUCGAUCGAAGUGUCUCCUUUUCCUCAGCAGAUGCUCUGCUGUCGUCAGUCACUCGUAAAACCACCGAUAAAUCCCGUCGACGAAAAGGGAUUUAUAUUCAGUGGCCAAUUCGAGAGAAACUCGAUAUUCACGAAUCCACAGCAACUAUUGAUAGCCUCUCCAAUGUGGAGAAGAAUAGCAGUUGUGAAACUCUGCCCUGCCAGAGAACCCCAGAUUUCUCCUUUGAUGAUCAAGCUUGGUCAGAGGGAGGCUAUGAGAAUUUCUCGGAGGAUUUGGGGACUUCUGGGAAGGCAGGAAAGGGAGCGAUUGUGGGCAAUGGAAGGUCUUUCUCCAAGAGACCUUUGAGGUCCAUUCGAGGACCUUAUGGGCAGAUGUUGGAGGCAGAACUGAAGAAACCAGUGAAAGUUUACCAUGAUCAUCUGGCGCUCAGUCUCAAUAAUGUAAAUUUCACUUCUGAGGACAAUGCCAAUGAGGAGGGCAAACUCAAUACUCAUCCCAAUGAAAAGUCCAUGAAUUAUCUCAACAACAACAAAUCCUGCGACUGCCGACAAAUACUCACCAAGAAUACAUCAAUGGACUCCCUCUGUUCGUCCUACACCAAGGACUUCCCACCCCAGAGGAACAGUAAUGAUCACUCAAGUACCAUUAACAAAGGACUCCUCAUGGACUUUCUGCACCAGACAUCCUCAUGUGACCAGAGUUCCACUGAACAACUGCACUCAACGGAGAUUCUGGCUUCUCUGUCGCCACACGCCUCCAUUCUACAGCACAUGGACACAAGAACGCAUAUUGUCAUCGAAUUGUACAAUACGGAGCAAUCCUAUGUGGAGAGUCUCCAAAUCAUUGUGCAAAAGUACAUGAAUCCCCUGAAAAAUAGUGAUUGUGAAGUAAUGAUUGACACUCAAAUUGUCGACGAUAUCUUCUAUAUGGUGCCAUCGAUUCUCAACAUUCACGAGGGCUUCCUCGAGGAGCUCAAAAAACGCCUUGAUUGCUGGAAUUCUAAUCAAAUCAUUGGCGAUGCUUUUAACAAUGUUUUUUCCUGUGGAGCUGUCCUGGAGAUUUAUUCCAAUUUUGUGAAUAAUCUGAGCAAGGCAAGGGAUACCAUUAGGAAUUGUUGCUCUACACAACCAUCUUUUGCAAAGUUCUUGGAAGUGCAGGCCAAGGAGCACAAAGGAAAACUGCCACUAGACAAUUUGCUCAUCAAACCCAUCCAGAAAUUUCCCAACUACGAAUUGAUUCUGUCACGCCUGAUUAAGCACACUGAUGGAGAGCAUCCUGACCAAGCUCUCCUUCAGGAGGCCAACAAGACUGUUCACAGAAUUCUUUUGCACAUCAAUUGUAAGGAGCGCGAAGCUCUUCAGAGUGGCCAACGUGAAGCUGUACUGAGAGAAAUUGAGAGUGCCAUUGAGGGAGUGUCAAAUCUCGUGACCUCCGACAGAUCCUUCAUUGCCUUUGACCUUGUAACCAUUUUCUCUGGUCAAUCAGCAAGGAAGGAACGUGGAUUGUUCCUGUUCAGUGAUCUGAUCAUUUUAACGAGUAUUAAGCGACGAAGUGGCACAGUUAGGAAGCCAAAUAUAAUCAACUACAACAUUGCCGCCAAUGUGGAAACGAACAAAUACAAAUUUCUCACGAAAAUACCUAUAAGUGAUUUGGAGUUUGUCAAGACCAAAGAUGACAAUAGUCGCAAAAGUAUUAAGGAGAUUGAGUAUUUGAUGGAGGACUCUAAGAAGCUUCAUCAUAUUCUGGCUGCAGUAAUUACUCUUCGUUGUCCCCAUCAGCAUCUUGAGGAUGCUGCUAGGGAGUUAGAGAAGGAUCUGGAGAAGCAAUUGAGUGAAAAGCAACUCAAUGAUGGUCAAUUGAGCGUGCUGGAAUUCACUGUGGGUGGAAAUUCGACUGGAUCUGAGGGUGGUCAGCAUAUGUCUAUUCAAUUUGUUAAUCCAGAACGCAGAAGUAUUUGGGAACAGGCCUUUAGGGAGGCAAAACAGAAAUUUGCAUCGAAUUUAGAAACGAUCCCAAUGCCAGAGUUCAUCUCAUCAAUUCCCAUCCGCAAGACCCGUGCUGGUCUACAAUUUACGUGCGCCGCUUCAACGUUGGGGGCGCAGAAUGAUGUGUGGGUGUGCAAUAGUGACGGGUAUGUCGGUCAGGUGUGCGUUCUCAGUCUCAAUGCUGAACCAACAGUCACGAGCUGCAAUGGUGUGUGCAAUGCUAGAAUUUUGUGUGUGACUUCGGUACCAUCAGAAAUUGAGUGGCAACCUGAUAAAGGCAAUGCCGGUGUGACUAAUCAAUUAAAAAGUACCCCAUCGUUUGAGGAGAACUUUGAGAAUUGUACAAAAUCACUCAAAGUGCAAUCCCUUUCGGCUAUUUUCAACAAUAUCCACCUCGAUUCCAGCAGUUCAAGUGAUAAUGAGUCUGAGAAGGAAUUUACAACUGAUGCCAAGUGCAAUAUUCACGGGCAUAGUGUUAAGGCCGAUCUGCAUCAUCUUCAGCCCUUUGAUUGUGGAGAUUUUACACAAUCCACCAUGUGGCUGGGCACAGAAGAUGGCUGUAUUCAUGUCUACAAUUGCUCCGAUAACAUUCGAAUUAAACGAAAUAAGAUUAAGAUGCAGCACAAUAGUGCUGUCUAUCAUAUUCUCUAUAUGAACAACAAGGUCUAUGUUGCUCUUGCAAAUGGAGAUUUAAUUAUUUAUACCAGAGAGAAUUUAGGAACUGGAUGGAAUACGUCAGAUCCAGUUACACUGACAAUUGGAUCAGCUUCCAAUCCCAUCACAAAACUUCUCAAUGUUGAUGGUAAAUUGUGGUGCUCUAUACAGGGAGUUAUAAAAAUCUUCAAUGUUUCUACACAUCAGGUGGAGAAUGAAGUGCAAAUCUCGAGUGAGUCUAAGCCAAUCACCAACAUGGUGGUGUCUCAGCAUGGCGUCUGGAUUUCCAUCCAGAACUCUUCCGUGCUCAAGUGUUUCCAUUCCAAGACGUAUGAGAUUGUGGUGGAGGUGAAUGUCAGCGGACCCGUUAGCAAAAUGCUCUCAAAUUGCGAUGAUAUAAUCCGACAGCACAAAGCCGCCUGCCUCAGGAUUACGGCGUUGCUGGCGUGUCGGGAUCUCAUCUGCAUUGGCACAAGUGCAGGAGUUCUGCUGGUGAUUCAGGGUGGAGGCAGUGCCUCGGGCAGGAGUCUGAUGAACACUAAUCCAGUGCCAAUGCCCCAUGGACACACGGGCCAUGUGAGAUUCUUAACUUGCGUGGAGACUUCUGAGGGCAGUGGCUCAAAUUCAAAUUCCAGGAAAGGAUCACAAACGAAGCAUAAGAAGGAAUCGUCAAUUUUGUUGAUUUCUGGAGGAGAUGGAUGCGAAGAUUUCCGUAACUCAAAUAUUAAUUCAAUGAAUGAUAUUGCCGGAAGGGAAGAUAGUACAAAUCACUUGCUACUUUGGAAGGUGUAGAGAAAAAGAAAAAAAAAUAACUGAUAUUUUUUUGUUGUUGAUGAGAGAUAGAUUGAAAGAUUUUAACCAGCGUUAGAUAAUGAUUGCAAAAAAAAGAAAACUAUCCCAGUUACAAUUUUAUUCGUCCAAAUAUUGGACUAAAAAAAAACGUGUUUCAGCCAUGAAAAAGAGAAAAAAAACACUCAGUUAUAAUACAAGGAAUAACAAAAAUGAGAUGAAUCUUUGUGUGAUAAAAAAAACAAGUAAAACUGUAUUACUAUUUAAAUUAGAGAGAAUUUUUAUUUAAUUGUAUAAAAUAACAAAAAAAAAGUUUAUUUACGGUACAAUAUCAUUUGAUUUGUACAAUUUCUACUUAAAAAAAAAUCAUGACACAAAGAAACAGGAAGUUUUUAUUGCUCUGAGCAGAUUUUUUUUAUCAUUUUUAAUUUUUUAUUACGUUCCUAAGGAAGUGAAAUUUAUGAAGGUAGAUUUAUUGUUUCCUUUUUUAUUUUCUCUUUCACACUUUGCUUAAUUUAUUGAUAAUUAUUUUUUUCUAUUAAAAAUAUAUAUAUUGAUAUAAAUUGUACAAAACCAGUGACAUUGUAUUUUAAAGCAUUACUCGACAGAGAAUAAAAAUUUUAUGUCAUUUUCAAAA